CCUACCGUUCAUUUGAGUGUAUUCGGUUGUGUACACAAGACGUUCAUAAGAUCGCACUUCAGCAAGAUGAGUUCAUUUUCAUCACAAUGUUCGGCUCAAAGUGUUGGACCUGCGAAUCACUUGGUGACAACAUUAAUUCAAACGCUUCUCGCGGUUCAAUGUUCGAUCUCUCCACCUGAAAUGUGGCCGAAAGACUAUGGCGAAACAGCAUUGAAAAAUGGUUUAGACGAAUACGAUUUCGUUGUGAUUGGCAGUGGAUCGUCGGGUGCAGUUGUGGCAAGUCGAUUAAGUGAGAUUGAAGAUUGGAAAGUUCUUUUAUUGGAAGCUGGCGGCACUCCACCGUUGGAAUCUGAAAUUCCAGGUUUUCAAUAUACAAUGCUGAAUUCUGAAUAUGAUUGGCAAUUCCGUACUGAGUCCGAUACCGCUUGUCUGUCGUAUCCAAAGGGGUGUCUCCGACCUAGAGGUAAAAUGCUCGGUGGAACAUCCAGCAUCAAUUCAAUGCUGUACGUUCGUGGUCAUAAACAUGAUUUUGAUAAAUGGAGUUCGUAUGGAAAUCCCGGCUGGGACUAUGAUAGUGUGUUGCACUACUUCAAAAAGUCAGAAAAUAAUCAAAAUACGGAUUUUGUGAAUUAUAAGAAUGGAAUGUAUCAUAGCGAUAAAGGACCAAUGAAAGUGGAUUCGUUUAGUGGAGAAGAUUUACCGUACAAUCAAGUGUACCUUAAAGCUUUAAGCGAAAUUGGAAUCGAAACGAUUGAUAAUAUAAAUGCAGACAAAAUAUUUGGUGCAGUCGAUGUUCAGGGAAAUUUCUGGAAUGGGAGACGACAUAGCACGGCAAAGGCGUUCCUCAUUCCAGCUAGCAAGCGAAAGAAUUUGCAUAUCAUUUAUAAUGCUGAUGUUCAGAAGAUUUUAAUCGACGAGAAUAAUCGAGCAACUGGUGUUGAGUUUGUUUACAAAGGAGAGCGUAAAAUGAAAGCCGCGGCAACGAAGGAAGUCGUUUUAUCAGCUGGUUCAAUCAUGAGCCCAAAAAUUCUAAUGAAUUCUGGUGUUGGCCCAAAAGAUCACUUAGAAGAGCUGAGAAUACAAGUGAAAAGUGAUUUGCGUGUUGGUGAGAAUUUGUAUGAACACAUUUUUGUGCGAUUGUUUUUCUCAUUUUCAGAAUUAGAACCAAUCGAUCCGAUCCAUGCUAAACUUGACAGCAUUUACAAUUUUGCUAUCCAUAAUACUGGUCCACUUGCAAAUGGAUUUCAAGUUCAAGCGACUGCAUUUAUAAAUACUUUCAACGGAACGGAGUAUCCCGAUAUGCAACUGUCGUAUUUACACCUGCCACAAGAUGUCGAUAUACAAAGGACAGUGAUCUCUGGUUUCGAACCGAAAAUUAAAGAGUUUUUCAAUGAAAAACUCAAAAAGUUUGAGGUUGGGUGCAUUUUUGCAGAGUUGGUGCAACCAAAAUCACGUGGUUAUAUUAAAUUGAGUAGCUCGUCACCGUAUGAUAAACCGAUAAUGCGACCAAAGUAUUUAACUGAUAAAGACGAUGUUCAAGCUUUAUUCCGAGCGAUAAAAAGAGUGCUUGGAGUAUUGAAUACAAAAGCGUAUAAGGAGAAAGGUGCUAGGCUAUUGCGACUGCCUCUCGAUAGGUGUGAUCAUUUGGAAUACAUGUCGGAUGAAUACUGGCUCUGUUAUAUUCGUUACAUUUCCUAUCCUACGAAUCACACAGUUGGAUCGAGCAAAAUGGGAAAUUCGACAGAUCCAGAAGCCGUUGUUGACCCUCGCCUGCGAGUUCGUGGUAUUGAAGGAUUAAGGCAAAUCGAUGGCGGCAUAAUGCCCAGCCCAGUCUCAGGGAAUACUAAUGCAGCUUGCAUCAUGAUCGGUGAAAAGGGUGCAGAUUUGAUUAAAGAAGAUCACUCACGAACGGAAUGAUUUGUUUCAACUAGUCCAAUAUCUACAAUCAAGUUAUUUAGCAUGAAAUUUGUUACAACACAUUGAUUAUUGAUUUCCCAAUUGAUAUAUGAAAUAUAUUGUAUACAAUUUGCUUAAAGAAUAAAACAAAUAAAUGUGUAACUUAUGUUGAUUUUCAAAGCUA